AUGAAGAGUAUGAGAAAAGACGACACCGCAAACCAAAACGACCUCCUGAAGGAUUCUGUAGACGAAAAUAGGGCCCAUCUAAACAGACUAUGUAAAUGCGAUAGAAUUUUGUCGGAACAUGAAAUUCCAGAUCUCGCAGAAAAGACAAAACUUUAUUACGGGGAUAAAAAAUUCGACUUGGGCGCCGACCAUUGCAACGAUGAUAUCGAAGCCGAGUACAGGAAAUUAAUCGAACGACUCGAUUUGCCAAAAGAAACAUAUUCUAUGACAAUAAUCGAAACUAAAUUUCCAAAAUGCCUGAACUUUGGAGUUCGAUCUGGAACAACGCAUAUGAAUAUGCAGAAGUUUUCUCCUUUAUCGAGAGGUUACCAGGGCCCAGCAAUCGCCGUAGCAGCAAUCGCUACAUCGUUUCUAAUAAAGCCAGAAUGCUGGAACGAGGCUGUGAUCGAUCAAGUUGUCGAAGACGGUGAUAGCUUUUACAACAACUCUUACCAGCACCUGAAGAUAGACGACCGACGGGCAGUGACGCUGCAGCACUUGCAGCCGCACUUAAACAUACGCAACGCACACCGCGCGACCGUUCAAAUUAACGAUCCUCUUUACGCUGGAACUUUCAGGUCGGAGAGGCCGCAGGAUCUUCACGUGGCCAAAGCACUCGAGUUGCUUUUCCAGAAGCAAGACAUAUGCGUGCUCACCUCGCCGGUGUUGAACGUCGCCAUCUGGAAGUGCUGUAGGCAUUUCAACAUCUUCGAUGCCCAGCCGAGGUUCGACGAUGUAGAGAUCGACGACUCCAACACCGAAGGGACGGCCAAAUUAAUUUUUGUCGAAAAUAUGGCCGGUGUGCUGUUCAUAAUUCUGGAGAAAAGCGGAGUGCAGAACGAGUCGUACGUGCUUCACAAAGUAUCGGUCAGCAGCGUUAAAGAGCUUUCUGCUAUACCGGAAGAACCAGAGCAAGUUCUGGGGCCAGCAACACUCCCAGCGGACGGUUACUCGAUCCCGGAAACAUUCCGUGCAGUAGUGCGGGGAACUUAUCACGCAUAUCACCCGAAUAUACCAAAGGAAUUUCACGGUAGAAAUCAUCUCGUGCUCGCUCUAGCGGCUAUCGUCUAUUCGAAACUCUUGAGUGCCAACAAGUGGACGAAAUUCAUGAUCGAUCUGAUCGUCAAUCAGUCGAACAUCUAUCUCACCGACUUGGCACGUGUCCUAGGCAAGAGGCUCGACGACUCGUUCGAGAUGUCAGUCAGCGAGCUCUUGUGCGAUGUCGUUCUUGGCGUGUACACAGCCAAGAUAAAGCUCACCGAGAAUGUCGUGCCGGGAGAGGGUAAAAAAGGCAAGACAACCGUGAACGUCGGUACUCGCGAUUUCUUCAACGGCAACGCCGCCGGUAUCCUCGAAUUGAAGAAUACCUUCUACGCUAUCUGGAAAGAGAACAACAAGUACUACCUCCUCGAUCCUUUCGCGUGCGACGAGGAAGGCUUUCGCGUUGAUCCAACCGAUCCGGACGAGGCGGCUAGAUAUAACAAAGCUGCGUGCUGCGUAACGAUGAAUUCGUCGAUAAAUCAAUUGCUGGAGAUACUGUUGGAGAAUACGGAGACUAAAGACAAAGAUCCGUUCUUUAUCCAUGGCGUAAGCGUGUUGUACGUGAAGGCUGGCAUUGCAAGCGACGCUUCCGAUGAGAAAGUUGUGUAUCGAGAAAAAGAUACUAAUCGCAGACCUCAACCGCCACCCUCACCACCGUCGACCGUCGUUGACGAGUGCGUCACGGUUGUAAAACCGCAUCCUAUACCGCGGCCACGAGACGCUUUGGUAGAUUACGUGGCGCAAUAUCCGGAACUGAUGAGUCAAGUCGAGCUUUUCAUGGAUACGUUUGAUAACGCCGACAAGGACAAGCUCAAUGAAGACGACAUCGGCUACGAGAUCGCCAAUCCACAUCGACUGAUCCUGAGUGCGACGAGAAAUUGUGUGGACGCUGGAUUUCACGAACCGAGUAAAGGAAGGCAGGGUUUGAUUAUAGGCCUGACAGCGAUGGUAAAAGCUCGGUUAAAAAAUGAAGCUGAUUGGACCCACAGAGACGUCGAUCAAAUAAUUAUUGAAGGAAAUGCAGUCUACGGAAAAAUAGUUGCUUGGAUCUUCGAUGGCUCGGAAGGUGACCCUUUUGAAGAAACUGAUGAAGAUCAAGAAGAGGCGUCACGUUCUAAGCAAGAAGAACUCUCGGAAACUUUCGUUUCGGCAUCCCGUAUGUCCGAUAGCAUUUUUAUCAGAGGACUUAACAACAUAGAGUUCUCGAUGUUGCCGGAAAAAAUUAAAAUUCUCGAUGAAUAUAUUCGUUUGUCAUGGCAAAUUAGUGUUCUUGAGGGUGAGGCAAAUCCAUUGGCGAAUUUAGGAGAAGCUUUGGAAAAAUAUUUCGAUACUUUCAACGAGAUGUUGUUGGAGAAUAAUAAAUUGAUGUACGCAGUGUGGCUGCAGAGUGAUAAAUACUUUGUGUUUAAUCCAUAUGGAAACGAUUGUGACGGUUGGCGGAAUAUCACCGAGGCAGCAACGCUUUUUGUCGUCGACAGCAUUAAUGAACUAGUCAAUUUGCUCUACGGUUUAUUUGAAUUUAACGAUUAUUACUUUAAAUGCCAUUACGUUAAACUGAGGUUCCAAUCCGAUGAAAAUAACGAAUCGAACUCAGUUGAAAAUGGAUCUACAAUAGAAAGCUUUGAAAAAUUCAAAAUUAAAUUUUUACCAAUAACUGAAGAUAAUUUAAAUGAUAUGAAACCUGAUGAUUUAAAAAAUGAAGCAAUACACGAAACAACGAUUGAAGACGAAGAAACUGAAGUGAAUAACGAAACGAACUCUGCUUACGAAGCCAAAUCGUUAACACAGGAUUUGGAAAAUCUGUUUAAAGAUGUGGCAGAGACUGAACAAGGUGAAACUCCGGAAAGAUUGAAUCUCGCACUCGUAACCGGUAUCGUGAAAAUCGAAGAUUCAACUGAAAAUCAAGAGUACCAAGAACAUCAAAACGUAUAUUAUGAGAAACUGAAGUACAAGCAUCCACCUCCGUUUGUUAUACCGCCAGCCAAAAAUCUGUGCAACCUUUUGGACAUAAAAUUAGCCUCAAAAUCACGCCACUCUUUGCUUUCGAGGUUUUCCAUUGAUUCAAGACUGGCUAUGAAAGAAAAAGAAGAUAUUUCUGAUGUUACCAUAAGUACCGUUGACAAAUCCAAACUAAUCAAUUUGCCACGAAAAAAAUAUUUUUUCUCCAAGAGUUUACCGGAUGGCUUGACGCCUAUUCGCGCGGUCGACGAGCAAUAUAUACACGACAAGAUUGCCGAGGAAGUGCUGGAAGAAGAGUGCAAGCGUAAACAAAAAGAGAAGGAAAUCGAGAUGAUUGCGCAAGUUGUGCCUGACGCACCAACCGAUUGUAUUUUGCCGAGUAUCAUUCCAGUUGGGCCGUGUAUAAUGACUCCAAAGUUCAAUCCCAAACCUCGCGCUUGUCCAGAAAAACAAGAAAAGAGGUGCUCGUUGUCCGAAAAGCAGCAGGAGGAUGUGGUAUUGCGAAAACUGGUUUGCAGCACCGAAAAUUUGCUACUGGAACUAGUUGUGCCGGAAGCGCAAGAAACACCCGAGGAAUGCCCAAAAACCGACAAGUGUGCGGAGGUUGGCGAGCCGGAUGACGGGCAAGUCGAUGGUAAAUGCUCGGAAAUUCGUGGUUUCGGCAAAACGGACGAUGAGAACGUCGGCAUUAUCCUAGCAAGCAAAUGCUUACAAGAUCGCGAGACAAUAGAGUCAUGUCACUACAAAUCUUGCUACUUCUCGGCAAUCCUCUGCGUGCUGGCCAAAAUCAACGUGGACGUGACCGAGUUUCACGGUGGCUUCCUCGAUCGAAUGAUCGUUGCGACGAAUAAGAUCAGUGAUGUAACGGGUAAAUUCCGAUACAAGAUGAUGCGCUGCUUUCGGAAUUUCAACAUCCUUGGCGCGCGUUGCAACGUCAUUCUGAGACAAACUCGCUACGCCGAUCCGGAUAAUUACGAGCCAGACGCGCUCGAAUUCCUUUUACCGAGCUUCCUCGAUAAGAAUCAAACGGGAAUUUUGGUUUUUGGAAACGUUGCUUAUGCCUUCUGGACCGCCAACGGCAUCUACUAUCUAUUUGAUCCAUAUUCUUGUGAUGAGAAUGGUCGAGCUGCUCCUGGGGGGCAAGCGUGUCUCAUGGAAAUCUGUGACUUUGAUACCUUCAUCAAUCGAAUUAUCGAAAAUACUGGAGAAGCUACUUGCCAAUCUUACAGACUAUAUACCAUCGCGAUAUCACAUUUGGAGCAAAUAAAGAAGCGUAAGCCGAGAAGAAAAAAGAAAUCUUGCUGUGAAUUGCCAGUUGAGGAUGAUCAACCGUCGUAUGCUGACGAAUGUUGCCCUCCGGAACUCGAGAAAAGUGAAUCGGAAACUUCGUUGAUCGAAUCGUCGGAUUGGGUGAAAAACGAUAUAACUGAGAUUCCGACUUACGACGGUGCCUGUCCAGGUUUCACGCCGAUCAAGAACUACAACGCUUCAGCGAUCGAGGUAGAAAUUUUGGAAAACGAUAUCACUCGACCAAUCAUGGCACCUUUCAAACUCGAUGAGAACUGCAAACCGUCGAGGCAAAUACCGUACGAUCGCAAAUUUUUCGAAAACUCAGUACUCGCCGAGCCGAUGGAUUUAUGCGUAAUGGCUUGGGCUCAGAUAUACGAGCCACCGGCUUGGAGUACCAAAACAAUGCAAGCUCUCUUCGAAGCGAGCAGAGAAUACGCUUUCGAUAGCUUACUGACUGCCGAGGAUACAACGGUUACAAAAAUGUGCGACGAUGUGCUGACAGAGUUCAAUAUUGCCAAUUACAAUUUCCGAGCUGUCUUCGCUCCAAUGCACGCGGGUGUGUUGUACGCGGACGAAGGUUGGAACUUGGCGAUGUCGUUGGAAAAGAUUUUUGGCUCGACAGUAUAUACCGGCGCCAUCAUUGUGUGUGGAGAUGCGCAUAUUGGCGUUAUGAAAAAUAGAGAUAAAUACUAUGCCUGGUGGCUGCUUGAUAGAACGAAAAAUAUCAGGAUGGUUGUUUCGGAUGAUAUGGUACACUAUUUAAAGCUUAUAGUCAAAGAAAUCGGUCAGCCUGAAGAAGUGGAUUUCAAAAUUAGAAUUAUCACGAUAUCUUACACUAAAAUUUAUGGACCAGACUGCAGCGAUCUUGAUGGUCUACACGAGUCGAUGAUGCCCUCGUCUUCAUUAGCGAAAAUCCACGUAAAUGAUCAAGAAAAUGAUUUCGAUGCAGUUUUCCGCCCCAUCAACUGUCCGAAAAAGCCUUUACUUAUAUUCGGAAGCGUUGCGCUGAAUGAGCGGGAUACUGUGACUGAACCAUACGUAAAACGCUGUUACUUUGUUGCGGUGUUUGCAGUGAUGCUCAAGAGAGAUAUCAUCCAAAAUCCCUUACCUGGGAUGGUAGACAAAGUUCUAGAGCUCGCCGAAUGUAUCUACAAAUUAUGCGAGCAGCCAAAGUAUCACACCGAGCACAUCCUCAAAGACGUGUGCUUACUGGGUCGCGCGUUUGAGCUUCGAGAUUGCGCUUCUCAACUAAUUUGCUUGCAGGGUCAAGUUGAUAUGAAUGACAAAAAUUUUAUCGCUAUCGUGAAAAAGCAUCUCGAGCGGCACUUGAAAAAAUCAACGAGUGGUGUUAUACAUUUCUCGAAUUGCUGCUACGGUUUUUGGUACUCGAGAGCAAAAUGUUGUUACUAUUAUCUAGAUCCUUACUAUUGCGACGAAAACGGAAAAAGAGUUCAUUUGCGAGGCAAAAGUUGUCUUUUCAUGUUUCCAUCUAUUUGCGAAAUGGUCAAGCAGAUGUGUUUGAAUAACUUUGAAGAAACUACUGGCUUCUUUAUUCACCAAAUACAUGUGGAAUCGGUUGAUUCCUCGGCUUGUCCCAAAUUUCAAGAGGAUCCAGUCUGGAUUUAUUUAGAUAACCAUUGGAGUUACAAUCACGUUUCGAAGCAGAAUGCUCCAAAAAAGAAAACAAAAGAACUAGAAACGCCAAAAGAAGUAAAAAAGCCUAUGUUCAAAAACUACUUAAUAGAAAUACCAAAUUCGAUAUACUCUAUUUGGGGCACUCUGAGUACUUUCGAUACGAAAUUUGGUUUACACGCUGGCAAGAAUCAAGUAGCUAUAUGUAUUGCCGCUCUGGCCAUGCAAAAUUUAUGUCAUCCAUCUAUGUGGAGUACUAGCGUUCUGGAUUCGGCGGUUAUUUGCGGCCACUCUUACUACAAAGACAGCCAAAAAAUCCCACUACAAUCUCGCAAUCAAUUUAGUUUGACCGACUGUUUGAAGAUCACACCUUACUUCUGGGAUUUGGAAUUUUCCUCCGAUAUGUGUGGAGUACUUUAUUGCAGUACCGAUCAACCUAAUCUAGCAGAAACGAUGGAAAACGCAUUCAAACGUUUCGAAAAUCUGUUACUUCACUGUAAUAAAAAGUUCGUUGCCCUGUUGAAAACAUCCGAAGCCUUUUACGUUAUUGACGCAUCAUGGACAGGACCACCGUUAUUCUCGGAAAACCACGGAGCCAUAUAUGCAAUCAGAACUAGAAAUCUAAACAUGCUAGUUUACGUGGUUACGAAAAUCCUAAACACAAAUUACCGACUUGAAUUCGCAAUAACACCAGUGAACUUGUUUUUCAAGCAAGAUGACUGGCAACCGAGCGACUCAAAUUCCAAAAUCAGUCGCAAAAAAUUGUUGGAUAAGCCUGCUCGCCAAUCACCAGGAACUACGAUCAAUCAUGCCUGUCUCGUCAACGGAUGCGACGCUGUUCCAGACGAAGAUUCCUACUUAUUAUACAGUAAACACUUGAAAUUAGGUUUGAGUCGAGGAUUAGAGCUGGAAUGUGCUCCGGAUUUAUUAUUAGAAACUGUCUCAACUAAGAAAAUAUGUGGUAGAAGAAGACCACAAAGCUGUUGUGCACCGAAACCUGGAACGAAGUUGACUAAAUCAAUUUCCAGUAUUCUGAAUAAAACUGUUGGCUACCCCAAGAUUUUGAACUUAAUAAAAAAUAUUCCUGAUGAGUGCUUCCCACAACGUGGAAAAACCCAUCCUAAAAUUGCUUGUGGCCCUAAAAAAGAUUCAAUAAUUGAUGAAAAAAUUGAAAAAGUACGUGGAUCAUGUCAAACAAAAAAAGAAAUCGAUGUUAGGAGUAGCUUUAUUUAUGAAGAGGAACGAGAAAUGUUCCACAAGUAUAAUGCGGAAUUGAAAAAAGAUAUCUAUCACAAUUAUAAGCAUGGACAAAAAGAAUUUAAGAAAAUGACUUCAACUUUACUUUCAUCGACAAUGAUAGGAUCCGCGUCAGCUGAGUUUAGUGUAUUUUCACAGUGUAGUGAACAAAUGGAAGAAGAACCCGAAGAAAGUAACAUACAGGAGUAA